CAGGCCACCAGCCAGGAGGAGCUGUGGAAGGCGUACCUGCGGGGCCAGGGGGGGGCUCAGCACCACCAGGACGCAGCCCCCAGCGCCCCCAUCCCUCCCCAUCCCCAUCCCCACCUGUAUCUCUUGUCAUCCAGCGGGACGAAGUCCAUCAGCAGCACGUAGUCGGCCGACGGGUCCAGCCCCGACAGCUUCACCUGGAAGGUGGGGAACAUCCUCCUGCGGGGAAGGGGAGGCCGUGGGGGUGCCCCCUGCCCUGGGACCCCCCCCCACAUCCUUCCGCGGCGCAUACCUGCCCGCCUUGGUGACGAUCAUCUCGGUGCCCAGGCGGUUGAACUCCUCCCAGAGGCUGCCCAUCUCCAGCCGUGCCGCGGCGUGGCACACACGCCGGUUCUUGCCGCCGGCCCCCGGCCCCUCGCACGCCCACCCGGGGACGGUGCCCGAGGGGGGACCCUCGCCCGGCGUGGCCAGGAAGGCUGCAGGGUUGGGGGGCGAUGGGCGCUCAGAUUCCUGCGCUGCCCCUUUGGGAAAUGACCCCACGCACCCCCAGCCUCAUUCAUGGGGAGGACUGGGGGGGUCCCCGGCACGGCAUGGCUUCAUCCCCCACCCCACUGCUGCCCCACACUUAUGGGGUUUGGACCACACGUGUGUGGGGCAGCCAGCACCCUGAAUAGACCGCGUGCACCCCUCGGCUGAGCGUCGCAGGGACCCUAGCACGGCUGUGCCAUGGGUAGGCUUUACCUGUCAUGGGUGGGCAGGAUGCGGCCGCGGCUCCACCAGCUCCGGACUGCAGCCCCCCCCAGCACACCGAGGGGGUUUUAUCCCCCUGCUCGGGGGUGGAGACGAGGGGGCUGGAGCAGCAGCGGGGCCUCGGGGGCGGUGGGAGAACGGCCCCCCCCUCCCACGCUGCCUUCGCGCUUUGAUGCGGCGGUGAUGGACGAGGGACCAGCGGUGGCUUUGGGACCCUCAGCUGGGUCUGGGGGUACCCAGAGCUGGGGAAGGAGCAGGUGCAGGGAUGUGACCGGUGCUACAGAGGGGGGGGCGAGUCCCCAAAUGCCACGGGGCUGCUAACAGAGCUGCGGUGACAGUGACACCACCUUUGGGGUCAGCACCCCAGCAGCACCGGGUUUUGGGAAGCGGGGCUGGAGCAGAGCGGGGAGGGGGGGCACCACCUCUCCGAGCCCCCCCCAUCCAUCACCUCUCCUCCUGCAUCCCCUGCGGCGCCGGCUCGGCCCCAUCCGUCUCCUGCUGUCAGCCGCGGGCCGGCAUCGAGCGGGAGAUGAGGAGGUGUGAGCGGCGAUGUGACAGUGGAGGUUGGGGCUCGGCACGGCUGAGCCACGGUGUCACAGCCCCCCCCAGCCGAUUUUUCUGCUUUCCUUUGGUUUUCAGCAAAGCCUGCCCAAGAUAACCUCUCCAGUCACCAUCAGCGAGGGGAUUUGGGAUGGGGAGGGCUGGAUGCCGUGCAGCAAACCUGGCUUUUAGCAGCUGCUCCUUGGGAGAGAGGCCUCCAGGUGCCAGAAAAUGGGGUGGUUGGCUUAAAAAACCCACAAAGCUUGUGAAAGUGGCUGCUUCGGGGCGUCAGCAUCAUUCGGUUUCACUUCUCCCUUCCCAGGGCUGCAAGCCUCCUAUUUCGGGGCCAUCAAUGCAGCAAUUUUGCUGGCACUCUGGCACUCUCCCACUGCCUCCUCGUAGCCAAAUUUGCAAGCUAUUGGCCUGCAUACGAGGAGCUGGAGAUAGGUGGAGAGGUGUUUUGUUGCCUGUGCCCAGCUCCCCGUGGUGAUACCAUCAAACUGUGCACUGGUGAGGCUGUUGUGACCUUUGGGGUGUUCAAGCAGCGGACGUGGCCGGCAACGUGGUGGUCUGGGGUUUGCUCUAACAAGAGCCCGAAGCCCCCUUGAUUCUUGUCAUCUCCUCUGGGUACGCUGCUUCUCCAAGCCAAGGUGCGCAGAGAAAGGAUAAUGACCCGCUUUGGGCUUCGCCCCUCUCCUGAGCCUCCAGGAGGCUCUCAGCCCCCAAAUCCCCGGGUGACGUGGUGGUGGGGGUGUUCCCUGAUGGUAGUUAGAUAUCCAGCUGCCCUGCAGAGCCUCGGGCAGGCAUGUCUUUGUGUCCAUCCCCGAGCUCCUCGCCAGGGAAGCAGAAGGAGACACCUCCGAAAUGUGAGUGAGCCUCGUGGCACCCAUCUGGCCCAGUUUUCUCUUGCAAGAAGGAAAGAGCUCAGAGAGGGCAAGCGAUAAGGACACAGUGCAGUGGGUUUUGUGUCCCUCACCGCCAGGCACCUGCGCUGUGAGCGUCCUGUGCAUGGCUGUGGGACAGGGAGGGUGUGGGCACUGCUGGCGUGGCUCAGCUGGGCAAAGCAUCGUAUUUGAGCCGUGCUUUUGCUUUCCAUGGGAGAGAGGGGGGCAUGCUUGGGAGGUUUCCUCUGCCUGCUGGCCAGGAAGGGCUCCUGGAUGAGGACCAGAAGCUUUCCUGUAAAGAACACUCAGGGAGCUCACUCCCUAAGGCAGGGGGCAGGUCCAAAGAGUGAGGCUUUUUUUCCCCAAAAACUAUUUUCAAGGAGAGAUUGUUCAGCUUUUGGGGUUGCCUAUCUCUCUAGAAAAAUCCCAAUUUCUCUAAAAGCAGACAAGAGAACCAGGAAAAAAAAAAAAAAAAAAAAGAUAACUAAAAGAGGAAGCCAAGAGAAACCUCUGUGUCUCCAGGGCUCACAGUUAAGAAGAAAUCCCUGCAAAGAAGGAAGAGGCAGGUCUUGUCUCCAAACAGGGCCCACUGGGGAGAGGGCGUUUUGCCUGGGAGAUCCCUGCCUGUAGCAGAAGAAGCUGCCAGCAGGGAGGUCACGAUCGUGCUUCACACAGAAGCUGUGUGUCGAGCUAAUGGCAGGAUGUAACUGCACCCCGGUGACCGCGUUCAGGCUAACGGGGCUCACCGACGACCCCGGGGCUCAGGCUGCCCUCUUCCUGCUGUUUCUGCUCAUCUAUAUUGUCACCAUCCUGGCGAACCUGGGGAUGCUCGCAUUAAUCGCGGCCAGCCCACGGCUCCACACCCCCAUGUAUUAUUUCCUGGGCAAUCUGGCCUUUGUAGACCUCUGUUCUUCCACUGCGAUCACCCCCAAGCUGCUGGCUGACUUUGUGUCUGAGAAGAAGCUCGUUACUUACGCUGGGUGUGUAGCUCAGGUCUUCAUUUUCGACAUUCUGGGGGUGACUGAAUGCUUCCUGCUGGCCAUGAUGGCAUACGACCGCUAUAUGGCCAUUUGCCAUCCCCUGCUGUACUCGGUCACCAUGUCCCCGAAAUGCUGUUUCCAGCUGGUGACCUGCUCGUACCUCCUGGGGCUGACAAACGGCGUGGGGCAGACCAUUGGCAUGUUGCGUUUAUCCUUCUGCAGCUCCCGCGUCAUCGACCACUUCUUCUGUGACAUCUCCCCUCUGAUAUCACUCUCGACCUCUGACACCACCCUCAACCAAAUCAUGCUAAGGACUUUAGCAUCUCUAUUCGGCGUCUCCAGCGGCCUCGUUGUGCUGCUGUCCUACAUCGCCAUCAUCUCCACCAUCCUGAGCAUCCGCUCAGCCGAGGGCAAGUGCAAAGCCUUCUCCACCUGCGCCUCCCACCUGGCUGUUGUGAGCAUCUUCUACGGGACAGCAAUCUUUAUGUACCUAAAGGCCAGCUCCAGGGACGAUAAGCGGGCAGCAGUGCUCUACACCGUGGUGACCCCCAUGCUGAACCCCCUGAUCUACAGCCUGAGGAACCAGGAGGUGAAGGAGGCCUUGAGGAGACUCACAAAAAUGAGAAGAUCUUGUAUGUUGUACAUGUAUGGCUGAGUCGAAUAAAGAUGUGAGUGAUGUGCUCA